UGUGCCCUCAGGCGACCGACCGCUUUCCCCUCGUCUGAGGCCUUGGCGGGGCUGUGUGGUGGUAUGGCGGCUCUCGUGGUGGUCUUCUCGCCGCUGCCGCGGCUUCGCGGUCUCCUGCAGCGCUGCUGGGGCCGGCUGGAGCGCGGUCUCUUGCCGGGUUUCUCUGGGGGCCAGAGCCCGCCCUGGGGACCAGCACUAGCUGUCCAAGCUCCAGUUUUUCUUCCACAACCAGUAAACGACACUGGCGAAAGUAGUGAGGCGCCAAGCCUGUUAGACAGCAUCUUGUGGAUGGCGGCACCAAAGAAAAGGCGCACCAUUGAAGUGAACCGCUGCAGGCGAAGAAAUCCCCAGAAGCUUAUAAAAGUAAAGACAAACAUAGACGUUUGUCCUGAGUGUGGAAACUUGAAACAGAAACACGUCCUUUGUGGCUAUUGUUACGCAAAAGUCAAAGCAGAAACUCGACUGAUACGGAUGGAAAUAUGUAAAAAGGAAGGAGGACCAUUUAAUGCUCCAACUGUAGAGACUGUUGUCCUUUAUGAUGGAGAAAAGCCCACAGAAAAAGAUGAAGGCAAGCGGAUCGUUGAAAGAGCCAGGAAGCGUCCGUCUUGGUUUGUUCAAAAUUGAUGCUAUAGAACAAAUACUAACAAAAACAGUUGCUACAGCAAGAAAGAUGAUGAUUUUCAAGAAUGUUUCCUCGUUCACUCAGUGUUGAUACAGAAAGCCAAUGAACUUUUGGAAAGCCUGCUUGAAUUGCAUGUCAUACCAUGUGAUUUUGCAAUCAGGUGUUGUUUCUAUAGCAUGCAGUGGGAGAUGCUUCUGUGAUACGUCAUAGCAGUCAACAAUUAAAGAGAAAUCAGGAUGUAUCUUAGGUUUGGACAUCUGCAUACAGUACACUGAAUAACUUGUAUGCUAAUGUUCUAUGCCGGUUUUGUAAAUAACUUUUUUUUUAAACAAAGGGAAAACAUUCACAGAUAUAAAAUAAAGUAUGUUAAGUUUCCCAGGGAAAUCUGCUUUCUGUUUUUGGCUGCUGCCGUUGGAGGGGGAAAAAAAGUGCAAACCCAGUGUUGAUUGAAUACAAAGGAUAUUUACAAGCAAAGUUACAGUUAUUUGGUUAUUUCCGCAGCUGUUAACAGAAUCUGCCUGGAUCUCUCCCCAGUGCUGCUGUUUGAGAUACUUGGUGAUAUUCCUGUUUUUGAGCAAAAUAGUGGUUGCCAUGUAGUAUUUGCAUUUUUUCUGUACCGGACUGAAGGUUAAGUGUUUCUUGCUGUUGUCAGUAUACACAAUAAUUUUUUGUCUUAAAGGGAUAUGGAAGGCCUUUUUUUUUCCCCUCAAAAUGCACUUGAUUUCUUGAGUGAAAUAAUGAAUUGAAAUGUAAUGAGGGAAAUCUGUACAUUUGACAAGGGUCAAAGCUGAUUCUUUGCAGCCAUUGCCAUUAAGUAGCCUGGGUGGCCAAUGUGUGCUUGGAAAACCGUAAAGAACAGUGGUGCCUUCCUUCCUGUUUGGAGUCUUCUGCAGAGAGGGGGCAGCUCUGCCCUCUACUGUCCAUUGGUACUGUUCAGUGGUGCGGUUACGGCACCUAGCUGUGGAUUUUCACUUCGGUUUUAGCCACAGAGGAGCACCAUUGCAUUUAAGAAUAAGACUGUUUUAGGUUGGGAUUUCAAUAUACAAACUGUACUGUUUGAUAUUAUGGCUCAGCCAGUCUAAUAGCUAUUUGCUGCCAAAAAAAUGCAAGCCUGCCCCUAACCAUGGCUAGGUUGCCCCAGUGUUUCCUUGGCACUUGAGUGUAUCUGCUCCUGUCCUGUCCUCUCGUGGUUCGGGGAGCUGUGCUGACAAAACUGUUCCAUGGCUUGCUGUAGCUUGGUUUUUAGUGGGUACUUCCCUGUAGCUUGGCUUGUGUCAGGGUCAGAAAAGUGGCAACAUGGACAAUAGGAAUAUGAAAGUGGAGGACACAGGACCACGCUUUUGAGAAUAGCCUUCAUUUGUACAUGGCUGAGCCAAUUAGCUUUUGAGAAUAGUCUUCAUUUGUAUGUGGCUGAGCCAGUAAUACCUGCUUAAGAGGUGGGCUCGUGUGCUGUAAUGCUUCACUUCUGCUUUCCUCGCUCUGGAUUCCAUGUUGUGAAACAUAACUGGUAGGAACAGAUGUUAGUGGAGAUGUAACAUUUCCUCCAUAGUCUAAGGGAAUAAUGAAAGCUGAUACGUGUAAAUUGAUGUCAUUUGGUUGACAGCAUCCAAGCAAACAACUUGUUUUUGAGAACUUAAGUUCUUUUCGAUUUGUCCAAACAGGAUUUAUUCCAGUCAUACCUGGUUUUCACUUACUCAGAACUGAAGCCAAGAAAAGGUAGCAAGCAGGAUGUAGAGUGGAAGGCUUACUUUUGACAGAGCUGCAUGGGAUGAGACUGACAUACUGGAGGUGAGAUUAGCCAAGCAAUAAGACAUACAACUUAGGAAGAGUUGGAUUAUUAUUUUUUUUUGUUUCUUUUUUCUAGGACCAAUUACACCUUACUGACUUAGUUGCUCUUUAUGUAUUUAUAUUUUUGACAAAGGUUCUGUAGAGAAAUAAGCUAAAUUAGCCUGGGAUGUUGAGAGUCAUGGGUUAAUUUCUCCAAAA